AUGGAGGACGAGGAGGUUGCAAUCUACUUAAUGCGCAGUCUGCCCAAGAGUUUCGAGAACGUGGUUCUUAAAUUGGAGAUGAACAGCACAGAGCUUCGAUCGCAGGACGUCGUGAAAGUGCUCACGAACGAGCAUGUCAAGCGGCAAGGUGACAAGACGACAUCGGUGAAGACUGAAGACGCGGCCAAGGCGUUCAGUACCGAGCGUGAACCUCGCCAGUGUGGAGCUCGACGCGGCGGCAACAAUGCUCGUGGACGCGGAGCCAACAACGUUCAGUGGCGAACCAACAACAACAACGACGACAACUACGAUCGAGUUGCGUUCGCGGUUUCGCUGGAGGCUGGACUUUCGAUGGGCAAGAAUAUGCCAGGUAUGUGGGCAGUCGACAGCGGUGCGACGCAUCACAUCUGCAACGACAAGGCCAAGUUUGCAAGCCUGAAUGAGCGAGAGGAAGGCGAACUAUCAGUGGCUGAUGGCAGCAAGGCUGCGAUCAAGGGUGUGGGAACCAUCAUGGAACGGGUGGUUCUGCCCAAUGGUGACGAACGCGACAUCGAGAUCAAGGACGCACUGUUCGUACCAAGUAUGAGCAAGAAUCUGCUUUCGGUGCCACAGAUCAACAAGGGUGGCAGGUUCCAAGUCGUGUUCGAUGGGUCCAAGAUGCAAGUGAAGCGCAAGAAUUCCACACAAGUCGUGGCAACAGCGGAUCUCGUCGAUGGACUUUACUGGCUGCGGACUCCUCAACGAUCGGCAAAUGCAGCAACACGCAAUGGGACUAUCGACUUGCAUGCGCGCAUGGGUCAUGCACCCCUCGAAGUUCUGCGCAAGAUGGUGGCCACUGGCAUGAUCAAGGACGCCAAGGCACCUCUCAACUCGACUGGUCCAAGUGUGUGUCGCGGUUGCCAGCAAGGAAAGAUGGUCCAAAAACCAUUCCCAACCAACCGUAACAAACGCCAAUACGGUGUGUUCGAGUUGCUGCACUUCGACAUCUGCGGGCCAAUGGAACAAGUCUCGAUCGGCGGCAGCAGAUACUUACUGCUUGUGGUUGAUGAAGCCAGCGGUUGCAUGAAGGGCUUCUGUCUGCGGUCCAAGUCUGAGAGUGAAGACUGUAUCAAGAACCACAUUAUCAAGAUUCAAACUCAGUUCGGCACGAAGAUCAAGUUUGUUCGGCACGAUGGAGCGCAUGAGUUUGCGACCAACUCGAUCAAGACCUUCUACGAAGAUCAUGGUAUCGAACAACAGAUCACGGUGCCGUAUGCACACCAGACCAACGGCACCGCAGAACGCGCGAUAAGGACCAUCGUCACGAUAGGACGCAGCUUGUUGCAUCAUGCAAAACUGGAGAAGUGUUUCUGGGCUGAAGCGGCAAUGACGGCGAUCUACAUCAAGAACCGCCUGCCUUCACCCAAGAUCGACCACAAGACUCCGUUCGAGAUCGUGUACAACUCCAAACCAAGUGUCAAGCACAUGCGCGUGUUUGGAUGUCGGGCGUUUAUCCUGACACCAAGGGAGAAGCGAUUGAAGUGGGACCCGAAGGCUCGUGAAGGGAUAUUCAUGGGCUACGAAGAAGCUUCAAAAGCUUAUCGAGUGUACGACAUUGAGGCGGGCCAAGUGGUGAUCAGUCGUGACAUCACCUUCGACGAAUCGACUUUUGACUUUUCGAUGGACCGACCAAGUGACGAUGAUGAAGAUGCGGAGUUGGACCUCAACCUCCUGGCGAUCAACGAGGAUGACGUGCGUCAAACCGUCUACAAGCAAACUGGCAAGCGCAAGAGUGAAGCAAGACCCGGCAUGUCACGUUCAGCUCGCUUUCGAACUGGGUUGGAACAAGCAAGUGCGCCGGAACACGUCUCCAACCGUCACCGGAAACGACGAUCAAGUGCUCCAGAAACGAUGUCUGAUGACGAAGAAGAUGCAAACGUCUACGAUCAAGAUGACGACUCGACGCCUCCAACAUUUUGGCGUGCAAGUGCAAACGCAGUGGAAGCAACGGACCUAGCAGAACCUGUGACUUUUCAAGACUCGAUCAAUGGUCCUGAUCAAGCUCACUGGCGAAAUGCUGUGAAGGCGGAACUCAAGUCGAUGCAUCUUCGUGUAGUUUUCCGUGCGGCAAAACUGCCAAGAGGCCAAGGCGCGAUCGGCACCAAGUGGGUGUUCAAGAUCAAGCGCAAAGCGGAUGGAUCGGUCGAGAAAUACAAGGCGCAUCUCGUUGCCAAGGGCUUCAAGCAGAAGUACGGCAUCGACUACACAGAGACGUUCUCGCCCGUGGUCAAGUACGUGACACUACGUGUGGUGAUCGCGAUCACCAAGUAUUUUGACUGGCCACUGGACCAACUCGAUGUGGUGACAGCCUUUCUCUACGGAGUGAUGAAGGAGAAGGUGUACUGCGUGAUACCAGAAGGCGUCGAGAUGGAUGGCGACUUCGACUGUCUCGAGUUGGUGAAGGCGAUCUACGGUCUCAAGCAAGCUUCACGUGUGUGGAACGAGACUUUCGACGACUCGCUCGAGUUGAUUGCGCAGACGAAGGCCGACCUCAAGACGCGUUUUGAGAUGACCGACAGUGGCAAGUGUACUUUUGUACUGGGCAUCGAACUGGUGGACGAAUCGGAUGGCAGCGUGACGAUGUGCCAGCGACGGUAUGUCAACGACAUCCUCAAGCGCUUCGGCAUGGAUGAGUGCAAGGCCACAGAAAGUCCGGUCAAUUUGAGCACUCGGCUUGUCGCAAGCAGCGAAGCGGCCAAAAUCGACGUUCCGUUUCGUGAAGCUGUGGGAGCUUUGAUGCAUUUGACGACUGCGACGCGCCCGGACAUUGCGUAUGCUGUGAAGUACGUCUCGCGCUUCAUGGAGAAUCCGCAGCAAGAACAUUGGACGGCGGUGAAGCGCAUCUUUCGUUACUUGCAAGGGACCAAGUCGCACGGACUCCGCUUCCAGCCAAGCGACAAGAUCGACUUUCGUGGCUACUCGGACGUGGACUGGGCCGGCGACCACGCUGAUCGCAAGUCGACUUCGGGUUACACUUUCAUGCUGAUGGGUGCUCCUGUGAGUUGGGGAAGCAAGAAGCAGUCAAGUGUGUCGCUGUCGACGAGUGAAGCGGAAUACAUCGCACUGAGUCUGGCCAUCCAGGAAGGCAAGUGGGUGCAUCGCCUGCUAUACGAGAUUUUGGCGGCCGCAAACGAACCAGGACCGGCCCUCGUCAUCCGUGAAGACAACCAGUCGUGCAUCAAGAUGACGAAGAAUCCGGUGAAUCAUGGCCGCGCCAAGCACAUCGACAUCAAGCACCAUCACAUCCGUGAUGAGGUCAAGCGCGGUGAAGUGCAGCUCGAGUAUUGCGAGACUUCCGUGAUGAUGGCGGACAUCAUGACCAAGGGACUUUCGGAACCUCGUCACAAGGACUUGACGACGGCUCUCGACAUUCGUGCGAGUUCGGAUUGA